AUGGUCAUCACAAACACAUUUGGGUCCUCGAAACGUGAACUAUCUGCCUCUACCAUCGCGAGUCAAGAUGUUGCGAAAUUGAAAUCUCGCCAAGAAUCCUUCAUAUGGAAGCGAUUUCCGCACGCGCAGAACUUCUGUCGCAGCGGUCCGCGGUCCAUCUCAAUCUCAAGACCUGCAAUCCAAGAAUUGAUUAGAUCGGGCCACUCGGUGCCCAAGAGGCAGGAUACACCCGAGUCAGAUUUUCCAUUCCGUUAUUGCCAUCUCAGUCCGCCACGACCCUCCUUGUCGCGCUCCCCUGAAGUUGGACCAGGCGAAAUCGAAUCCGGAGGAGAAAGCUUCCCCUUCCACGUGCCUUUGAUCUCGCUUUCGGCUGCGCGGACUCGCAACGACAUCCGCAGACGCGUAGAAGGCUUCGAGAUGGACCGAAACCUGCAGCGCGUCGACAUUCCGGCCGCAGUUCAGAACCAAAUGCUUAUCUCCCUCACUGAGGCGCUCGCCCGCGACGACAUCCGCAGGAGAGAUGAAGGUUUCGAGGUGGACACUGAACAGUCGACUCACGGCGACCAUGCUCCGCCCAAAUGUGAGAAUAACGGCGAUACGGAGACGUCGAAGGAAAGCCGGCCAUUCUCGCCCGCAUCGACUAUUCCAUCCGUCUACUCGGCUGACAGCUGGGUGGUCUCCGUCUCGAAUAGCGUUUCUUGGAUCGUCGAAGAGGUGACCGACUCCAACCGGGCCGUACGGGAGCGACUGCUGGAGGCGGUGCUCGGAAACGUUUGA